AUGCCAUCUUUCAUUCGUACAGUACUGUUUGGCAUUGUUGCCACUGCAGUUGCAGUUGGCGCCGUGCCGCAGCAAGGCACCAUCACCACGACCGCCGUUGUACCGUCGCCCAGCACCAGCACGCCGGCCUCAUCGGGCUCUAAGCCCUGCAACAACUCGCCGACGCUCUGCGGACGCCGGUACAAUAACAUCACACACAUGGGUGCUCACGACAGCUCCUUUCUGAGGGACGCGAGCACUGGCAACUCCGUCGCCGGCAACCAAUUCAAAAACGCCACCGUCGCCCUCGACGCCGGCGUGCGCUUGCUGCAAGCCCAAGUACAUGUCGAGAACGGCACUCUUCGUCUCUGCCACACCUCCUGCGAUCUCCUCGAUGCCGGUCCCCUGGCAGAUUGGUUACAGCUCAUUGCCAACUGGAUGAAUGCAAACACAAACGACGUCGUCACCAUCCUCCUCGUCAAUGCGGACAGGGCGUCCGCCGCCGCUCUGGGCGGCGCCUUUUCGUCGGCCGGCCUGGAUAAGCUUGGUUACAAGCCUCCGACGACAUCGGCAACGGCCGAUUGGCCCACGCUGCAGUCCAUGAUUGAUAGCAACACGCGCCUCGUCGCCUUUGCCACCAACUUUGACUACUCGGCGUCGGUCCCAUACCUGCUGCCCGAGUUUGACUUUGUGUUUGAAACGCCGUACGAGGUCACGGAGCUCACUGGCUUCAACUGCACGCUCGACCGUCCCAGCACCGCCGGGCUCAACAAGUCGCCUACGACGGCCAUCUCGAUGAACUAUCUCAGCCUUGUCAAUCACUUCAAGUAUCAGCGCUUCCUCGGCAGCAUCCUCGCUCCCGAUGCCGACUCCAUCAACGUCACCAAUAGCCCCAAUACAGCGGCCGCCGGUAACUUUGGCCGCCACAUUCAGCAGUGCAAUGCGGAAUGGGGCGCUCGUCCCAACUUUGUGCUCGUCGACUUCUGGAACGUUGAGAACCCCAUUAUCGCCGUUGACAGGGUAAAUGGUCUCAGCGACAUUACUGGCCGAGCAUCGGUGAGCAACCAGCCGGGUACGUCUGGUGCUUCUUUGAGCUACCACAGCGUCGGCGGCGGUCUCUUGAUCUCAUGCGCCGCUGCCGUGGUUCUUUUGGCGUAA